GAAUGCCGAAUGAGGAAUACGCCAUUAUCAUUAAAUGUGAAUGUAUAACAAUUUAAACUUUUAAGUUAAUUUUAUAUUAACUAUUAAAAUAAUAUACCUGUUUAAAGUUUAGGUUCCGAAUUUCUAAGUUUUGUUCACAAUGUCUCAAGAAAAAGUAAUUGAAAAACCUCUCCAACAAUUUGUUGUUCAAGCUCUAAAAUUGGAAGGCGACAGUUUAGUGGAAGUAAUUAAACAAGCUUUGGAUUGUGUUGAUACAUUUGUGUUUGCAGAACUCUUAGAAUGCCCCAACGUUAUUGCAUUGGAGACUACACAUCAUGCACCAUACCUACAUGCGUUACGCUUGUUCUCACAAGGCACGUACUUGGAUUAUUUGGACAAAAAAGAAUAUUUGCCAGAACUUAGUGAGCCCCAAAUGAAAAAACUGCAAUACUUAACGAUUGUUACAUUAGCCAAUAAAAUGAAAAGAAUACCUUACAAUGUUCUUUUGAAAGAGUUGAACGUAGAUAAUGUCAGAGACUUAGAGGACUUAAUCAUUGAAGCAAUUUAUUCUAAUGUGGUUUCUGGCGAACUCGACCAACACAGUGAUUAUUUGGAAGUAGAUUGGACAGUUGGUAGGGAUGUUGGAACCAAUGAUGUUGACAACAUGAUAGACACAUUACAGCAGUGGUGUGAUUCCUGUGAGAGUGUUCUUUCCACAGUACAAGCUCGUAUUGUCGAUGCUAAUCGCACUAAACAAGAAGUAUUAAAACACCGUUCUGCUGUUGACAAUGAGGUUGCUAGUGUAAAAAAAGCAAUUAGAACACAAAUACAAGAUGAAGAAAUGUCAGUGGAUACUAGCGGUCCAACAAAAAAAAUUGUUAAAGGAACAAAACCUAGCGGAGCUAAAUUUUGGAACAAGUAAAUAACUGCACAUUAAUAAUAAUUCCCAGAUUAAAUUAAUUUAUAAUUAUUCUAAUAUGUAUAAAUUAGUGGAUUUAAGCCAUUAGUAUACAAUGUUUUUCCUAAUAAUUGAUUCAAUUAUAUGGAAAACAUAUUGGAUAUACAAAAUUAAUUUUUUGAUGUACGAUAUGCCUAAUUAC